CGCUUAACCAAUAGAAUAUUGCCUGUUAAAAAUUGCACUGAUUAUAAACACACCGGUGUCCUUCAUUAAGUCCAAUCAGAGAGUAAUUGUGAAUCGGGUAGUCUGUCUAUAGGCCUGAACUGCGUUCUCAAUUUUGAGCUUUUGUAGCCCUCCAGUUCGAAAAAUAUAAGCGCAUUCUUUUCCCUUUUCGAUCCAAAUUAACUAUCUAGUAGGCUAUAAUGCUUCGUCCUGGACUAAAGGCAACUGUAGGUGUUGUGGUGUUUUCCAUCGUCCUUUUUGUUGGUGUUAGGCCUACUGGACUAUGCAGCGUUUCACACUGUACCAAUGCCAGCACCUGUAGGCUUGUUCCAUCUGCUGAUGGACAGGUCUGUAAGUGUGUCAUGGGAUACUAUGGAGAUCUAUGUGACAAAGUUGCUUCGAUGAAAGUAAUGUGCGGAAAGAACUUCAUUACCAUCACAGUCAUCGAGGAUUUUUUCAAGUAUUACAACGUGCCAGUGAAGUCUCUGCACUUGGCAAACACAAGCUGCAGAGCACAUAAGGAAGUGAUCGCUGGUGUUCCAUACUACAUAGUGCGCACACCCAAAGACCAGUACGCUGCCUGUGGAGGCAAACCUCUGGAGAAAAAUAUCACACACAUUGCAUAUUCCCUAACACUGAUGUCAGACCCAAAUGUACAUGAGAAUAUCAUCAGAGAUCCAACUGUGAAAAUUGAUUACACAUGUGUGUAUCCAUAUAUGCGAGCAGUCAGCCUACCCUUUCCCAUCCACCCCUUCUCCAGUGAGACAGAGGUGCGGGUUGAUGAGUUGGAUGCAAAGGUUGAAAUGACCUUGUUUAAAGACCGCACCUUCACGGAUGCCUUCAGCAGUGCUCCGUCAAUUCACCUGAGGGACAAGGUGUAUGUGCAGGUGUCUGUCACAGAGCCCAAGGAUUUCUUCCUGUUGAACGUAAAUGAGUGUUGGGCUUCACAGUCACCAGAGCACAACGAAACAACAGGCUUGACUCAUGCAUUGCUUCUGAAUGGGUGCGCCAAUGAUGAGACUGUCAUUUUUGAAACCGGGACUAAACGUGAAAAGACUGGAAAUGGCAAAAGUUCCACAGUACGCUACUCUUUCAGUAUGUUCCGCUUUGUGGAUGAGCCGAGUGUUGUCUACCUCCACUGCAAGGUGCAUAUUUGUGCUCCAGAUGAGGAUGAACCAUGCAGACCAAAUUGUAAAAGCAUCACUAAGCGAGAAGCUGUAAGGGCAGACCCAACCCAAGGUCUUCUGUCUUAUGGGCCCAUUAAAAUUGACAACACAGAACCUUCCACACAACAAUCUAGGCUGGUGCUUAUGCUGAUGCUUCCUGUGGGCGCUAUCUGGGUCCUGGGGUUGUUUCUGCUAAUCCUCAUCACCUUUGCCAAGGCUGGAGCCAGAAGACAGUCUUCAAUUUCAACUAUAGAUGGCUGAAAUAAAAUAUGUAUUUACUUU